AUGGCCUCAAUCAGUACAAUGAUGAACAAACCACAAGAAACUGGAACUCUUAAAUCCCAUAAGACAACUAUCAACACUGUCAGAGAUGAGGUCCUAGGAAAUGAUUUUGAUAAAUCAUUUUAUAAAAAAAAUAUUACACCAACUUUUAUUCCAUCUACACUCUUGGAUGUGGUAAUGAAUACUGAAUGCAUUGGUAAAAUCACAACUGUUGAUGGAAUGUACAAGGUUGAUCAAGAUGAUGAAGCAAUUACCGUCACAAAAGGACAAACAUUUGUAGUAACCGUAUCAAGCUUAAGUGAGAGCGAUGCAUGUAAAUUAUCUGCAACUCUAAGCAACUCAUCACAUGAAAAAUCAGCCACUGAAGUAGAAUAUCAAGGAAAUGGAGAGUACAAAAUAACAGGCAGAUGCAAUGUGGAAGGUGACUGGCAAAUGAAGAUUAUUGCAGGAGAGGCGCACAUCAAAGGAUCUCCAGUGAAUAUCAAGGUGGAAUCACUGGGACUUGUACAUACCAUUGGUAACAUAUCAGAUUAUAAAGAACAUAUGAAAGGAAAUAAAGUGACAGAUGUAGUGUUAGACACAGAUGGAUGCUUAUUAGUAUCAAGCUCCAGUAAAGAUAUAUUAAAGUUCAACCAAUCAGGUUCUUUUGUUGCUAAGAUACAGGUGCCCCAAGAUGUGAAGGUCUAUAGAAUGCAUCUAAUGUGUGAUGGUCAUAUGGUGUACAGUGAUAUCUUAGGAAAAUGUGUUGUAAUGUGUGAUGAUAAAUUUAAAGAAAUCAUCUCAUUUGGUAAAGGAAUAUUGAAAUAUCCAAUGGAAUUGACAGUAAACAAAAAAACUAGAGUCCUGUAUGUAGCAGAUAGGGAGGCUCACUGUGUGUUUAAAUUCAAUGUUGAUGAUGGUAGACUACUAGGUAAGAUAGGUUCAGAGGGUAGUGAAGUAGGUCAGAUGAAUGAACCAAUUGAUGUUACUUUAACCAAGGAAGGUCAUAUGAUCAUUACUGACUUCGACAAUAGUAGAAUACAAAUGUUUGAUGCAAAUGAUAAGUUUAUGCGAACCCUUGUAGGCUGUGGUUUAAAGGAAGAUGGUAAAGUUUGGGCUCCUUGUGGUGUAACCAUGGAUAUGGAUGAAAAUAUAAUAGUGUCAAGUAAUCAUAAACUACAAUUAUUUGAUAAAAAUGGUGUCUUUAUUAAACGAAUAGAUCAUGAAGAUGAUGGAUUAAAUGUCCCAGCAGGAAUCAGUGUAAUCUCCAAUAGACCAAGAAGAGUAGCAGUAGCAAACUACAAUGCAAACAAUGUUAAAAUUUUUAACUAUUAA